AUGUUAGAUUUCUCCAGAGUCCCCGGGAUAACCAACAACGGUUCUGUCCCCAAGGAGCCGACAGCCCGAGACAGGCACUACCUGUUAGGGUAUCAAUGGAACACGCUGUUAAGCUACAACGCGGCCAUAAAGAAAUAUCAAACAUUCGCAAAAGAAACCGGUAGGGUGCCAUACACACUUCCACUCAAACCCGUCGACAUCUACGACUUCUGCCAUUGGGCAGGGAGAACGGCCGACGCACCAACUUCUAACGAUGUGGCCGCAGUUACGCUGAGGAAAUACCUCGCCGGGAUCCAGAUGUGGCACAUCUACCACGACGCCCCUUUUCCGGAACAGACCAAACAGAAGGUCGCCACGAUGAUUAAAUCUUCCACGUACGUUGACAUCGACACACCUAAGAGGCCCCGGAAAAAGGCCGUCACCAUAGGGAUCAUGGUCAAGCUCACGGAGCUACUGAGCUCAGGAGACCCGUUUCAGAGGGCACUAUUUGACUUGUCCGUUGUAGCAUUCUGGGGAAUGGCUCGACUCGUCGAGUUGACCUACAACAACAGCAAUGGAUCCCUUCGUAGGCAAGCAUCGCUCUUGACCACUGAUGUCCACUUUGACCAGGAAGGACGUGGCGAUAGGGUCACUCUCAUCGUGAGGGGAGCCAAAACGGCCGACCCGGGAGAGGAACAACUCAUCCAACUGCAUCGGCUACCUCAUAUGCUCUGCCCCAUUCUUGCCAUAAAUCGUAGACUAUCCGAAGCGAAGCAAUUCGUGGAGACCAACGGAGAGACUUCCCUCUUUGGCUUCGCCGGACCGGACGGCUCCCGUACCCACCUCACUAAACCAGCGGCUACUAGGGCCCUGGAUAAGAUAUGGAAGGCACAAAGACUCAAGGGGGUAUCGGGCCACUCCUUCCGAGUAGGAGGAGCCUCCAUACAGAAAGCCUUCGGGGUUCCUGACGAGCAGAUCUUCUCGAGAGGGAGAUGGACUUCCGACUGCUACAAGCUAUAUCUCAGGGAAUUUCCCCCUGACGAGCUCGAAGCCACCUUCUCCCUCCUAAACAGGCUUGAGGAGUGCUGGACCCGAUCAACCCUCAAGGAAUGCUAA